CGGGGCUGGGCGGGGCGGCUGCACCGAGGGAUCCCGGGGGAGAGGGGCCGAGGUACCGCGGUACCGCCCGCUGCCGGUUUGAUGCGCGGCGGUGGAGCGGACGAUGCUCACAUGCAGCCCAGCUCCAAGUGCUGGGUGGGAACAGACUGGGGUGUCCUGCACGCUGCAUCCCGCUGCUGCUCCGUGAUGCUGCUGGGAUGCUUCACCCGGCUGUGGCAAUGGUCAGGUUUGAAGGAGAGCUUUCAAUUGCCAGGAAGAACUUCAGCCAGCUUGGCACGUUGUAUCAGACACUUCUGAGCUGAUGACCAUGGGAUGGUGAUGGCAGAGGCACAGCAGGCUCUUAACAGUGGGAAGAUGCUGAUGGACAAAAAUGAGUCGUGGCUCUCUAAUUUCUCUUCUGCGUCGUCCUUUGUGAAAGGAGCUGGCAUCUGGGCUGGGAUCGGCCUCCAGGAGGUGGCCAUCGGGCUCAUACUCAUCCUCAUUGACUUGGUCACGCUCCUGGGAAAUACAAUAGUCUUUAUUUGCCCAGUGGUGGAGAAGAGGCUGCGGACUGUCACCUACAUGUUCAUCAUGUCCUUGGCCAUGGCAGACUUCCUUGUAGCUUGCCUUGUCAUGCCGUUCAGCAUCAUUUACGAGGUGACGGGGAUGUGGUUGUUUGGGAAGCUGUUCUGCAAGGUGUGGAUCUCCUUUGAUGUCAUGUUCUGCACCGCUUCCAUUGUCACUCUGUGCUUUAUCAGCUUGGACAGAUACUGCUCUGUGGUGACCCCGUCUCACUAUUCCAGAAGGAUGUCCCGUGGCAGAUGCGUUGUGAUGACCUGCACAGUCUGGGUAUACUCCUCCCUUAUUUCCUUCCUUCCCGUCAUGCAGGGCUGGAAUGAGAUUCCCGGCGUGGAUUUUGAUGCGGGCAGAGAAUGUAUCUUCGUCACCAACUGGAUUUUUGCCAUCGUAGCAUCUGCUCUUGCAUUUUUCGUCCCCUUCAUGGUCAUGUGCAGUAUGUACUUCUUCAUCUAUCGAGCUUCCCGGCUCAAGGCCACUCGUAUCAUGUCUCAGACCCUGGAGAUCCACUACCACCCUAACAGCAAGCGGCAGAACCACCUGCAGCUGGAGAACAAGGCCACACGGACCAUUAGCAUCAUCAUUUCUGUCUUUGUGCUGUGUUGGCUGCCGUACUUUGUCCUGAACGUGUGGCUUGCUGCCAGGGGCAGCGACUCCACGAGCACAGUCCUGGUUGAAAUCUUCAAGGUCAUCACUUGGUUAGGGUAUUGCAACUCCACUAUCAACCCAAUGCUCUAUGCUUUCCUCAACAGGGACUUCCAGCGGGCUCUGAGGAAGCUGCUCAUCUGCAGGCACAGGUCUCAGGUGGACAUUGGAGAAGACAUGGUUUCCAUAGCCACCUUCACCAAGACUGCUCCAGACCUGGACUAUAGCAUUACAGUACCAGUGCCCAGUGAUGCCCAGAAGGGCAAGCCCAAGCAAUAAGGUUCAGAACCAGUUGCUGGAGGUGGUGGUACAGAACAUGCAAGAGCGUGUCCUAAUGGAAAAAUACAUGGCUUGAAAAUAGGGGAAGGAGGGGCUGGAAUGUGACAGCUGGGGGCAUAUGAUUAAAAUGCAUUUCUUCCACAGUUCUGUGAACAAGGAUUAGUUUGUUACAGCAAAUGGAGCAAAUUCCUUCCUAAUUAUUUUUUUAAAAUGAGUAUUUCCUAAGACAAAUUCAACCUUCGUGCUAGAUAAAUCAGUAUGAUAGUAUCAACUUGACUUACGCUAUAUACAUCCUGGUCAUCUCCUACAGCUUAAGUUGGAACAGUCUUUCUGAUCCAGCAACUGUAGCUCUUGUCUUGCACUUUACAUUACAAAUCUAACCAGUUUUAAUAAGUGCGCCUGUGUCAUUCUGUGAAUGGGAGGUGACAGGAAGGAUGCAGCCAAAGAGCAGAGGCUGCUGUUCAGUAAAGGCAGCACAGAGCCCAGCUGCAUGCUCUCUGCAGUCUCAGCUGCCUAUACAUAGCUUACUUGCUGUGAGGUUUAGAGGUUUCCCAUUCCAGAGUUGGCAUUUGACAGAUUGGUUCAGCAGCAGGAAGAAAGAAAUACUCUACGUACAUUGACCUUGCAGCUACCCAUUUGUAAAAUCUGCUGCCCCAAUGGCUGUCUGUGAAUUAUCUGGGACUCUCCUUAUUAAUUCUGGAGUAGCCUAUGUGUCAGACCCCAGGAAAUGAGCCAGAAGAGUUGCUGAAGCAUUUAUCUGUAACAGCCAGAGCAGUGAAUGGCCAGGAAGUUCACUGCGGUUACAGGUGCCCAACACCAGCAAAGUUACUUUCCUGUAAUGCCCUGUGAUGUCUGUGCAGCUGUGCUAUGAGCAGACCAACGGACCACACACUUGUAAAAAAAGUUGAGAUACCUCAUUCCUUGCUUCCUGCUCUGUGUCUCCCUUCCACGCAGCACUGGGCAAGUACUGGACAGGAAAGCAAACCUGUUAUGGAUACAGACUGUCAGUUCCAGCCACACGAAUCUGCCACCUGCAGCACACAGAUGCAGGUUUUGAACAGAAGCGACUACUACUGUUUUAAAUAAAAAAACAGUUUAUUAAAUCAUUUAGACUUUAAAUAAGUCACAAUAAUUAAUGCACUCAACAAUUACAGCGAGUGCAUUCUGUACACCACCAACCCAAAUGGAUUGAUCCUGCAUUUUAUAAAUAAAAAUUAACAUAUUUACAAUGAGAAAUAAAAGCAUGGCCUUAGGCAGUUACAUUAGCAGAUUACACAAAUGCCUACCGGUUGAUUUUUCUUUUUAAAGUACAA